AGCGUUGGCGUUGCAACGGAGAUGGCUGAGAUGGUUUCUUGUACGUGCAUGGACGGCGAGUGCAUGGACAUGAGCUGGGGCAACCAAAGGCUCCAAAGCCUAUCCGAGCAACUUCGAUCGUACAAUUCUGUGGGCACACCAUGGCCUGUGGCCAAGCAAGAGGCUGACGAGAAUGAUGGACGGGUUGUUUUGCAUCAGAGUGUCAAUGAAUCUACGGCUGAGAGGUCUCACAUAUCUGAUGGUGAUAGAUCAAGGGAGAGGCGGGCCGCCGUUCUCAUCUGCCUAUUCGAAGGCGAUCAAGGAGAGCUACGUGUCAUCCUGACACAGCGAUCAUACAAUCUAACCACACAUCCGGGGGAAGUAGCAUUGCCUGGUGGGAAGAUGGAGGAAGGAGAUGUAGAUGACUCGGCAACCGCACUGAGAGAAAGCAUGGAAGAGAUCGGCUUGGAUCCUUCUCUUGUUCAAGUAGUAGCAUUGCUUGAACCUUUUAUUUCCAAGCACCUUUUAAGGGUUAUACCAGUGGUGGGUCUACUUGCAAACAAGAAUGAGUUCAAGACUCUUCUAAACACUGAUGAAGUACAAGCCAUUUUCGACGUUCCACUGGAGAUGUUUCUUAAGGUAAUCCACUUAUAA